AUGGAAGAGAAAAACUACGAUAGGCAAACUCUUGCAACUGAACAUGCAUCAUUGAAACAAUGCUUGAACAAUGAACAGUUGCAAAUUUAUGAUUACGUUACAAUAAGUUUAGAGACUAAUAAGGAGGUCCUAGCUUUUGUAUAUGGACAUGGCGGAACUGGAAAAACAUUUUUGUGGACAACAAUAAUUUCAGGUUUACGCUUUCAUGGGAGAAUUGUUUUAGCUGUUGCAGCUUCUGGAAUAGCAUCCUUACUACUCCCGUCUGAUAGAACUGCACAUUCAAGGUUCAAAAUUCCUUUAGACCUAACUGAUGAUUCUACUUGCAAUGUCAAGAAAAACACAAAUCUGGCACAAUUACUUAUUGAAACUUCACUUAUUAUUUGGGAUGAAGCCCCGAUGAGUGAUAGAAAAUGCCUCGAAUCAUUAGAUAGGACUUUGAAAGACUUGAACAACGACGACAGACCUUUUGGUGGUAAAUCUAUACUAUUAGGAGGUGAUUUCAGGCAGACACUACUAGUGAAACACAAUGUCUCAAAAGAAGCCAUCUUAGCGUCAUCAUUACCUAGAUCCUACUUAUGGAAUACCUUCCAGGUGUUCAAAUUAACUGAAAAUAUGCGUCUUCAAAGACCAGAUUUAGACCAACGGCAAAUAGCAGAAAUUUCUAACUUCUCUUCAUGGCUACUUGCAAUCAGAGAUGGUAACGUUGGUAAACCUUAUAAAAAUGAUCCUCAAAACACCAUGACAAUAGAAAUCCCAUCAAAUUACAUAAUAUCUUUUCACGAAAAAGCACUUAAUGACCUUAUCCAUUUCAUAUAUGACGACGACACCUUAAAGAAUCCAUCAACAACGAAUCUAUGUGCAAAGGCGAUCGUUUGUCCUAAGAACGAAACUGCAGAUAAGAUCAACAUAAAUGUGCUGGAAAUGGCUCCUGGAACAGGUAGAACUUACCUUAGUACAGACACAAUAGUUCCUUACACCGGAGACCAUGGAGAUACUGAAAUUCUAUAUCCAACUGAAUAUCUCAAUCUUCUAAGCUUCAAUGGACUACCACCACAUCGCUUAGAACUGAAAGUUAACACACCAGUAAUGUUGUUACGAAACCUAAACCAAACAGAAGGCUUAUGCAAUGGAACUCAACUUUUGAUAACACAACUACUUCCUAGAGUUAUUGAGGCCCAAAUAAUGACAGGAACGACAAUCGGUCACCGUGUUUACAUCCCACGCAUAACAUUAACCCAUAGUGACAAAGAGUUGCCCUUCAUCUUUAGAAGAAAGCAAUUUCCUAUUAAAUUGUGUUACACAAUGACUAUAAACAAAAGUCAAGGGCAGUCAUUAAACAAAAUAGGAGUUUACUUGCCACAACCAAUCUUUAGUCACGGACAACUUUACGUGGCACUGUCACGUGCCACCAGUCCUUCGGCAUUAAAGUUACUAAUUGUUCCUCAAACAAGACAAACCAAAUGA